UUCUUAAAUUCUCCUCAAAAGUAAAAAACAAAUCAAAAGAGGGCUUUUCAUCAUUCUUAGAUCAUCAAUUUUCGUAACAAUUGAUGGGUCUUCUUUCAAACAGAUUGGAUAGAGCAAGUCUGAAACCAGGGGAUCAUAUAUAUUCAUGGCGGACUGCUUAUAUUUACGCCCAUCAUGGUAUUUAUAUUGGUGACAACAAAGUUCUUCAUUUCACUAGACGUGGUCAAGAGGUAGGAACCGGAACUGUUCUUGAUGUCCUCUUAGUUAGCUCAGGUCCACGACGAUCCCUAAUCCCCUGCACCACCUGCACUCACACUGACAACACCAAUGGAGUCGUAUCAUCCUGUCUCGACUGUUUCCUUGCUGGGGGUGUUCUCUAUCGGUUUGAGUACGCAGUCAGCCCUGCAAUCUUUAUUGCAAAAGCCCGUGGUGGCACCUGCACUCUUGCAGUCUCUGACCCACCUGAAACUGUAGUCCACCGAGCAAAUUACCUUCUUAACAAUGGGUUUGGUUGUUAUAACGUGUUCAAGAACAACUGUGAAGAUUUCGCAAUCUACUGCAAGACGGGUCUUCUUGUUAUUGACCAGAGGACAAUGGGUCAAAGUGGACAGGCGGUUUCAAUAGUUGGUGGGCCCCUUGCAGCCGUCCUGUCAACGCCACUUAGGCUUGUGACAACAAAUGUGUAUGGAAUGGCAGCAACUGCUGUCAGCGUGUAUUGUGUUAGUCGGUAUGCUGCUGAUAUUGGCAUGCGGAAGGAUGUGAUGAAAGUGCCCGUGGAGGAUCUAACCCGGAGGUUAGCAACAGGCGCUCUCACAGUUGCUGAACCUAGUCUUCCAGCUUUGUUGGCUAACAAUACUGUCGCCUAAAAUAAUGUUGUAUUAAGAGUGCUAUUACUUUAUGUUUGACUAAUGAUUAAUAAUAUUGUGUUGUGUUUUAUUGUUA